AUGGAUGUGGAAUUUAGCAUAAAUGGAAAGAUUUAUCGAAUCAAUCCGCAAACCGUUCCCAUCGACACGUCUCUGCUCAUUUUCAUCCGAGAUCACGCCCAGCUGAAGGGCACCAAGUUCAUGUGCCUCGAGGGUGGCUGCGGAGCGUGCAUCGUAAACGUUACCCAGGUCCAUCCGGCGACCAAGCAGAUCGUGACGAAAGCCGAAAAUUCCUGCCUGCUUCCGGUUUACUCCUGCCAUGGUCGGGACAUUCUCACCGUUGAAGGGAUUGGGAGUAAAGGGGCUGGUUACAACGCUGUUCAGAAACGCUUGGCUUCGUUUAAUGGAUCCCAGUGUGGGUAUUGUUCACCCGGGAUGGUCAUGAGUAUGUACAGUUUGAUGGAGGGGAAUCCGGAGGGGGUUACCAUGCGGCAGGUUGAGGGAGCCCUCGAUGGUAAUAUUUGUCGGUGUACAGGGUAUCGACCGAUCUUGGAUGCGUUUAAGUCAUUUGCGACGGAUGUUGACGAAAAAGUGUCCCGGAUGUGUCAGGAUAUUGAAGAUCUUGAGAGCUGCUCGUCGCGAAAAGCUUGUGAAGGCGUUUGUGUCAAUGGUAGAAGUUCUGCAACCGUACGGAGACUGAUUGGUAACGGACAAACCUGGUACAGGGUGAGAAGCGUCGAAAGCAUCUUUGAGAUAUUCAAAACCAUAGAGGAUGAACCGUACAUGCUGGUCGCGGGGAAUACCGCCCACGGCGUUUACCGUCGAAGGGAGGAUCUUAAGGUGUUCAUCGAUGUAAGCUCCAUAGCGGAGCUGCAGCAAUGCAAGAUUGAAGCGGAAGUGAUCGUUGGAGCUAACGUUACGCUCGAUGAGUUUAUCAGAAUCUUGGAAGAAGCGGCAGCAAAGAAUGGAGGACAUCAAUAUUUGAGUCACUUUGUGAAACAUCUUGAGCUGGUAGCAAACACUGCAGUGCGGAAUGCUGGGACGAUCGCGGGGAAUUUGACGAUCAAGCAUCAACAUCCGGAAUUUCCGUCGGAUGUUUUCCUUCUGCUUGAAACUGUGGGAGCUACUUUGAGUAUUCGUAUGUUAAGAAUGGAUGAGCUACGGAUCGAUGUAUCUCCGCUGGAGUUUCUCAACCUGGACAUGUCCAAAGCGGUACUGCUAGCCGUCACUCUCCCAUCGUUGGAUCCUAACCUCUAUCGAUUCAGAUCGUUCAAGGUGAUGCCCGUUAGUCGGAACAACCAGGCGUACGUCAAUGCCGGAUUCUUGAUCAAAUCUCGUCGAUCAGACGAGAUCGUCGAAUGCGCAUCGAUCUGCUUCGGAGGAAUAAAUCCAGUCUUUGUCCAUGCCUCCAGCACGGAAUACUUUCUCGUGGGAAGACCCUUGCUCACGAAUGAAACGCUUCAAGGAGCGCUUCAGACACUGGCUACCGAGCUGGAGCCGGACUGGGUCCUACCGGAUGCCUCACCAAACUAUCGCCGAAGGCUGGCCCUAUCCUUGUACUACAAGUUCAUGCUCGGAGCAGCUUCCGAGAGUUCGGUUGGAGCUGUAAGCACGCGGUACACGAGUGGAAGCACGAUGCUGGAACGUCCCCUGUCGUCCGGCAAGCAGAACUACGACACGUAUCCGACCAAAUGGCCGCUGACGCAAUAUCUGCCCAAGCUGGAUGGAAUCCUGCAGGCUUCCGGCGAAGCCGAAUACAUCAACGAUAUGCCGAAGCUGCCGAACGAGCUGUACGCUGCGUUUGUGCUGGCGACGGUACCAAAGUCACGGAUCGUGCAGAUCGACGCUUCAGCGGCUUUGCAAAUGGAAGGAGUCCGGGCGUUCUACUCAGCGCAGAACAUUCCCGGGAUCAACAAUUUUAUGUCGCACGACUUGGGAUACGUCGAGGGCGAGGAAAUACUGUGCAGUGGAGAAGUGCUGUUUCAUGGUCAACCGUUGGGAAUAGUUGUGGCUACAUCGUUCGAGCUUGCCAAUCGAGCUACUGAGCUGGUGGAAGUGUGCUACGAAGCUUUGGCAAAUUCCCCAAUUCUUACAUCGGCAAGGGAUGUCAUUGAAAGCGGAGCGUACAACCGUGUGUCCAAUCAAAACUUCGAUCGCCAUGGAUCCCAGUACGAUGUAGCACACGAGGGUCCGAUCAAGAUUCAAGGUUGCAUGGAACUCAACGGACAAUACCACUACACGAUGGAAACACAGACCUGCUUCUGCGUCCCGGUAGAAGACGGUUUGGAUGUUUACUGCGCUUCGCACCACACGAAGCACGCUCUGGCAGCCAUAUCGCAAGCACUGAACGUUCAGGAGAAUAGCGUAAAUCUAAAGGUACGUCGUGUCGGUGGAGCCUUCGGGGCGAAGUCAACGCGAGCAUCGCAGAUUGCAGCCGCUUGUGCACUAGCCGCCCAGCUGACGCGACGACCUGUCCGAAUGGUGCUGCCAAUGGAAACCAACAUGUCCGCGAUCGGCAAAAGACAGGGAGUGUUCAGCGAGUACGAGGUGGACGUGGAUAAAAGUGGAAAGAUCAACCGGUUGAACCAUACGUACACACACGAUUCCGGAGCGGUGAUCAACGAAAGGCUAGCGUUCAUGACAAGCGAUAUGUUCAAGAACUGCUACCGAACUGAUCGCUGGAAUCUGGUGGGGAACAUCGCCCGUACCGACGUCUGCUCUAACACCAUCUGCCGUGCGCCGGGAACUUCGGAAGGCAUUUCGAUGAUCGAGAACAUCAUGGAGCACAUUGCGCACGUAACCCGGAAGGAUCCGCUGGAGGUGCGGCUGCUGAACAUGAACAAGGAAAACAAAAUGUACACACUUUUGCCGGAAUUCCGCAAGAAUGUGGAGUUCGAGGAUCGUCGCAAAGCGAUCGAUCUGUUCAACAGACAUAACCGCUGGCGGAAGCGUGGCAUCGCGAUCAUUCCCAUGGAGUACCCAAUGGAAUACUCCGGUACGCUGAACGCAAUGGUUUCGAUUUACUACAAAGACGCUACAGUCGCGAUCACGCACGGUGGGAUCGAGAUGGGACAGGGCGUUAAUACCAAGGUUGUUCAGGUCGCUUCGCACAUUCUGGGCGUGCCUAUAAGCAAGAUCGUCGUAAAACCCAACACGAGCUUGACGUCGCCCAACUGUGCAGCAUCAGUGCACAGCAGAACCAGCGAAACGGCUGCUUUUGCUGUUCAAAGAUGUUGCGAAACGCUUGUUGAGCGAUUUCUCCCGUACAAAAAGAACAACCCGCAGGCAUCGUGGGAGGAGAUCGUUGGUCAAGCGUAUCUCGCGAACGAGAAUCUAGCGACAACCUACAACUACCAACCAACCGACCUCCAAGCGUACGUCAUCUGGGGACUGGCUUGCGCCGAAGUGGAAGUGGAUAUUCUCACCGGAAAUGUGCAGGUGUCCCGGGUUGACAUCCUCGAAGACGUCGGCGAAAGCAUGAAUCCGGCCGUCGAUGUAGGACAAGUGGAGGGGGCCUUCAUCAUGGGUCUCGGGCACUACCUCACGGAAGCACUGACUUUUGACCCGUCAAACGGCGCGCUUACAAACAAUCGAUCGUGGAACUACAAGGUGCCGGGCGCCCACGACAUCCCCGUUGAUUUCCGGGUGCAAUUUCUGAGAAACAGUUCAAACCCGCACGGAGUGUUGAGAUCGAAAGCGGUCGCAGAACCUGCGCUCAGUAUGAGUCCAGUGCUGACGUACGCGCUGAGAUAUGCCCUGAGGUCGGCGCGGCUGGACGCCGGCUAUCCGGACGAGUGGAUCCAUAUUGGAACGGGGAACACACCGGAGCGGAUAUUCAUGCUGGCUGGGAACUUGAUCGAUCAGUUUAAGCUUUAUUAAGUAAGUAAGUUUGAACAGAAUCUACAUUAUCAGGGCAUCUCCACCGUGCGGAUUUAAUUGGGCGCAAAGCCUACUUUAACUUCUUAACAAGCUCUUCACCGUUUUGAUUUCAAAUUUUAACUUUGCUUCAUCCCUCAAUUGGGUACUAAAGCCCUGUGUCAUUUUUUAUGUACAACGGUGAAAAACACGAUUAAAAACCAUUUCUGAUCAC